UGCAGCAGAUGAUGCAGGCAGGAUGCAUGAUGAUGAUGCAGUGUUUAUGUUUGAGUUUGUGAUGACCAUACGUCAUGAAUUUAACAUCACGCGACAAACCUAACUGAACAUAGAACUAUAUCGCUGAAAACGGUGUGAAUUCUAAACUGUUUUAACGUUCGUUGAGUAUCAAGCAAUAAUCAUAAUGAGUAAAUGAUGAAUUCCUCAUCGAACUCGCCCUACCAAAGCAGCUACGGUGACAACGGCACGGCGGAGGCAGAGCAAAACCUAGGAUUCAGCUACGGGCUGAUGCACCAGGCUAUGGACCAGCCAGAGCGUGAUGUACCCGAAGAAUACAGACGACCACCCCCGUAUAAUCCCUACAGCCCGUCUGAGAACUCCAGCAGCUCCACAAGAAACGACGGGCUUGGAACGGCCAAUAACAAUGAUUCCACAAGGCCAAAGAGUAAGAAGCCACCUCCGAGGCCCCCGCCUCCAAGACGUGCAAAGAGUGAUGAGGACGAUUUGGUUCAGAAACUCAAAGUUACCAAAGUGAGAUGGUUCUACAGGGACGAUUCCAGCAAGAAGUGGGUACCGUUCAUCGGAUACGAUUCCUGCCAGUUGGAGUGGAAGUACCGGAAGGUGUACGAACAAGGAGAUGCUGAAGAUGGAGACUGUGAGAGAAUCUUAGUCAGGGGAGGGCUGUAUGAAGUGGAUAUCUUAGAGAAGAAGUGCCAUGCUUUAUAUUGGUCUGAUGAGACAGUGGAUGCUAUGCGGGGUACCUGGUUCUAUCAAUGUAACUCAGAACCUCUAGAUGAAAGUAUUGCUACCCAGAUAGAGACUGAACACUUUGCCGAGUUUGGUGGACAGAAAACCACAGUAGAUGCACCACCUACCAAGGCUGCCAAACAGGUGUUGAAGCAACUGAGGUUUAAAGAUCACCAUGUGGACUGGAACAGCAUCAAGGAUGUAUUCAUGUACAGCAAUUCAAAAAGCUCAAGGAUUGCACGCUCCAUUGGGACUACUAUUGGCCUCUCUAAAGCGUCUACCAGUGGUUACCGGAUCAUCCGAGGAUACCAUGAGGAAUCCAGUCUAGAUGAUAAACCUCCACCUAUCAGUCAUCUUGUGUUUGUAGUGCAUGGCAUUGGUCAGAUAAUGGACAGACGAAAUAUCAUCAAGAACUGUACAGACUUACGGAAAGGAAGUGAGAAGACCAUCAACAAGCACUUUCCAGACCUGAAGGGUCCUACUUGUACAAAGCGUGUGGAGUUCCUCCCGGUUGAAUGGCGUUCCUCUCUGUCCCUAGACAGUGGAGGGGUGUCAGCAAUCACACCCCAGAAGCUCAAGUCAUUACGCCAUGUACUCAAUAAUACAGGAAUGGAUAUACUGUACUACACCAGCCCGUUGUACAGAUCAGAGAUUGUCAAGGGUCUGCACACCCAGAUGUGUCGUCUGUAUUCCAUAUUCUGUUCUCGUAACCCUGGCUUUGAGCCCAAUGGGGGCAAAGUGUCCAUCUUUGCUCACUCUCUCGGCUGUGUUAUAGUCUACGACAUAUUAACUGGCUGGAAUCCCAUCCACCUCUAUGAUCAAUACCUUAAUAAUGUACAAGGGAGCCACCCUGAUCUUGACUCGGUGAGUCCUACCCAUCAGGAACUAGCAGCUGAACUGAACGAAGCGAGAAAAAGAGUGUCAGACUUAGAGGAUAAGCUUCUUGCUACCAAUCAAGUUGCUGUAAGCAUCACAUCUCCAAAGCUAGAUUUUCAGCUUGAUAGUUUCUUCUGUGUGGGCUCUCCAUUGGCCGUCUUCCUUGUAAUGAGAGGUUUCCGGGCUCAAGGAACCGGAUCGAUCAGCCAAAUCAUUCCCAAAUCCAUCUGUAAACAAAUCUUCAAUAUUUAUCACCCAGCAGACCCAGUUGCCUAUCGUCUAGAGCCUCUGAUGCUAAAACACUACGCCAACGUCGCCCCCAUGACCAUCCACCACAAGGACUCGGCUAAACAGAUCCCCUAUGAUCAGAUUAAAUCCAUGGGAAUCCCAACGAGUAACUCAACGAGUCGAUCUGCUGUAUAUGAAGAAAUGACCGGGGUGGAGACAGGUGCUAAUGCAAAACCUGCCAUCGGUAGAACCACGUCUUUCACUGAAGGAAUUGGGGGAUUCCUGGCGAAGUUUUCUCGAUCAGGCUCGGAGGAGCGGGAUCCAGAUUUUGACGCUCUCGAAGAUCUACAGAGGGCGAUGGAUUCAUAUGACGCUGAUGCUGUGUCUGUACAAGCAGGAAUCCCAUCAGAGCUGGAUACUAUUGAAUUGGAGCAGCGAGUAGACUUUGAGCUUCGGCAGGGUAAUCUGAGUAGUAUGUACAUCUCAGCAUUGACAUCUCACAGUUCCUACUGGUCCUCAGGUGAUCUCUCCUUGUUCAUGCUGACUCAACUCUUCCCUGAAGACCUUGCCACUGGCCACUAGUCCAAAGGCUACUGGCCACUAGUCCAGUGGCAGUAGGUGAGAACAAUCCUGUUUAGGUUAAAUCUAAAUCCUGUCUUAAUCCUGUCUUAUGAUAUGGAAGAGUAGAUUUAUCUUUUGCCUAACUUUCUAUCAUGAGCAAGUUUGCUUAAAUAAUCUUAAAUCAAAGAUUUUCCGUGAACCAGUUGCAAUGAAUAUACGUUGCAUAGUAUUUUGGCUGGUAACCAGCUUUCGAUAUUAAGCAACACAAAUAUUUCUACAACUAAGCAGCAAUGUGUGCUUGGCUUCUUUGCUCAGUUGGUCCUGGUUGAAGGAUCGCUCAUAAUUAUUACUAGAAAACUUUGGAUCCAACUUUACAGAAUAGCUGGGAACAAAGUACACAGAAACGCCUUGGUUAUCUGUUUGGAAUUGUGUUGAAAUUAAGUUGCAAUUAAGUUAAAGUGUCAAUGACUCUAUUCAUGCCAUGAGGAAAUAGUGGUGGCUAGUUUGUUUACAUUGUUGGAAGAGUCUAUAUAGAUAAAGAGAUAAAUGGAUGAUAUUUGCCUUCACAAGUGGUAACGUGUGCCUCAAACGAUUGUGCAACCAUAGCAAAUUUGCACAGUACCCAUUGAGAAUAAGAAUUUUCAUGUUCAUAUUUGAAAAAUGUUUAUCAAUGACUUGCUUAGUCACAAGUGACUGCUUAAAUUUGAAGUGCUCAGACUAUAGAGACAGUUGCUAUGCCAAAUAGCUUUGGGCAAGCUUUUGUAGAGGAACCUCCAGAUGAGCAAAUCCUGGUACUUAUUGUACCAUAGAUAUUCAUUCAAAGUUGUUUAUGGGUGUUCACCCUCUUUUCUGUAACUUUGCAAAAGCUACUGUCAAUGGAGGAUUUCAAAUGUAAGCAGGAACUUGUCACUAAGCUGUCGUUGUACUAGGCAGUAUUCAAAUCUAACUCACAAAUGGCUUAUUGAGUGGAGACAACUCUGAUUUAUAUGUUAUAGCCCCCUCUGUUGGUUUAACCUUGAUAACUUUUUGCGGUAUGGCACAAAGAUGAAGCUAAUGCAUUGUACAGCAGAUGACAGUAAACACUUGCAACUUUUCAGUUGAUCAGCUAGGUUUUAUUUUUAUAGUAUGCAUUUGCUUUAGUUGUUUAAAAAAUAACUUGCAACUUCUUCUCGAAGUAAGAAUUGCUCCGUGAUUGUACAUAUUUUGAGUUUUCAAAGCUAUGCAAAGGAAAACUGUUGGCCUCUUUCAAGCAUGUGUUGUGCGUAUUGCACAAUGUAUAACAAUGAAAAUACAUGCCAAACAAUGCACAAAAGUCUGUGUAUUCGUACUGUGUUCUGGGAAUCUGCGUUCUGCAUAAAAAUCAAAUGCAUUGCUUAGCAUGUAUUUACAGAAUUGCACUCUGCGCCACACACACAAUGAUGACGUUUUUGCUAAAUCAGACGCGUAGGUAAAUUUUUCAUGUAAAAAGUAUCUUGAAGAUUGGAACUAGAUUUUAUUUUUAAAAUGCUGCGUAUAUAUUUGCUGGUCGAUGUAAGGCUAGCUAUUAACAGUACUUCAUUGCUGCAGGCUACCAGUAAGCAACUGUCAUACUGGCCAUGAUGACAAACAAGUUAACCAACUAAGUAAGUUUUGAUAUUGUGUGAAAGCUACUAUACACCUUUUGAUCUCAUGCAUAACCUUCUAGAUUCUGUAUCUAGUCAGGGAUGGAAAAUGUCAGAUUUUUAUCUGAAUUUAAACCAUUUUUAACGUUUGAAUGGUGACAGAAAAGCUGUGGUUUUUUUCUUCCGAGAAAAAGAAGUCAUGCUUUUUUUUAUUUUUAUUUUAUUAAAGUAGCACUAUUUAGUGCUGAGGAUACUGUUCCCAAAAGCGCCUUGAAGUAACUCCCUUGAAAAGGGAAAAUAUGUCAUCAUUUCCAAGGAACCUUCUAGUUUCAGACCUUUUUGUCACCCCUGUUUUUGUGGAACUGUUUUCAAGUGGCUUUGAAUAUGUUUGUUAAUGUGGUAUCUUUACCAAUAACGAAAGUUGAGGCCAACUGUAUAUUAGGGACGCCAGUCUCCGUGUUUCUAAUCAGCAGAGUGUGGUUUUCAGUCCCAGCCUUUACACUUGUGUCCUUUUACACUUAACCAUUAUUGCUUUUUCCUUCAUAUAGAACGUAAAGCAGUAGGUUCAAUAGCACAUUAAAGUGCCCAAUUACUCUAAAAGAAGGGGUUGGUCCUGGUGUCACUGGCAGUGGCUGCUCAAUAUACCACAGCACCUUGUAAACCUGUGUAAUGUGCCAAGUAAAUUGUUUUCAUAAUUCAUAAAUCUUCGAAAUACAUGCCUUAAAUGUUUCUCUUUGUGCAAGCGCCUUGAGAAUCUUAUUUGCAGAUAUCUGUGCUAUAAAAGCUUCUGCUCUUAGGCUUCACUUCUAUACGUGUGCAACUUACAUCAUGGCAAUAAGAAGUUUAUUCUAUGAGUGCACUGUACCUUUCAUGCAGAUAUUACACACUCUUGAAAAUUCAUCUUUUUGGAG